GAUGUUUGCCUAUUACUGUUCCUUUCCCCGACGCUGGAACCUUCCAUCCUGUCAAAAAAACCACAAUUACUCCCUUAUCUUGUGGAACUACGCAUAAUAACUCAUCUGUCGAUCAGCAGACUUUUCUUCGCAUAUAACCCACUUCUCUUCCCGCUUUGUUUACUCUUUCAAUUGCAAUUUCUCCUGAAGACGCCCCAAUUGAGGAUCCUACCACUUCCUCCACGCCACCUACCCCAGCUUCCUUCUAUUGUACAGUGCGGUACAAUACAGACACAAUGAGUCUCACUCUGACCGUACCCAGCGACUAUGGCUUCGUCGUCCUGGCCGCCGCAUCCACUUUCUUCGUCGGCCUGUGGCAUGGCGGCAUUGUAGGAACGUUCCGCAAGGCCGCCAAAGUGCCGUACCCCAACGCGUACGCCUCGCCCGAGCAAGCUGCCAAAGAAACUGCCGCUUUCCAAUUCAAUUGCGCACAGCGCGCCCACGGAAACUACCUCGAACACCAGCCGAGCGUUUUGAUCGCGCUCUUACUCUCGGGAGUCUUUUACCCGCGUCUCGCUGCGCUGAUGGGUGGCCUGUGGAGCUUCAACCGUGUCUUGUAUACGCUCGGAUACACGCGGCCGUCGUGGGGACCUGACGGCAAGGGCCGGUACAAGGGCACAGCGUAUAUCUUGUGCGAGCUGGCACUGUAUGUCAUGACCUGCUUGGCCGGAUGGAAACUCCUCAAUGUCUAGAUUGAUUUCUUUUUUUCGCCCCACCGAGGCCACGUCGGUCAGCGCGUUUCUUUUUAUUAUUUCCUCUUCUCUUCUCUUUUCCAUUGAAAAGGUAUUUCAAACUCGCUGCUCAUAUGUCAAAUGUACUGAACGAAUGGACAAUGGCACAGCACUGUAUAUAUUAAAAUUCCGUGUCAAAGACCUAUCAUUACCACUCAAUGGGACUAUUCGUUUCAUGCCGUAUAGAACCAAACAGGAAGACCCUAAAACUCAUCAACGACCAGUCUUGAUGGCCCUCACUAGUUACCAC